GUGACCUCCUGGUUGUUGGUAUGUACAGGAGCUGUUGCAGUGGUAACAGCUUUAAUAGGAUAUACAGCUAUAGGACUAGAAAACAAGUGUCUGCUCGCCACGUAUACUAUCCUGCUUGUACUGGUGUUUAUGUUUGAGUCUAUAACCGGUUUGCUGGCUUAUGUUUACCAAGAGCAAAUCAAAUCUGAUUUAUCAGCCCAUCUCUUCAAUACAUUUAUUCAGGAAUACGGAGUGAAGAAAGAGGUGACAUACUCAGUAGACAGAAUACAACGAGAGUUCUCAUGCUGCGGGUCAAAUUCAUUCCUGGAUUGGAGAGAAAGUCCAUGGAGGAAUAAAAGCUUAAACCCGGAGCUCCUGGUUCCAGAUUCAUGUUGUAAAACUGAGAGUCCAGGCUGUGGGGUUAGAGAUCAUUUACUAAGGUUCUCUGAGCAGCUUAGUGAUCAUUUACAGCUGCUGGGUGUUGUCAGUCUAGCUCUAGCUCUUCUUCAGAUAUUCGGGGUUAUAUUCACUUCCUGUCUCUUCUCCAGGUUUAGUCGAAUGGAGCGGUAUGACUCAGUUCGGACGAAUCGACGACAAAGCUCCGGCAGCAGUCGCCUCAAUGGUGGAUAUUGGACUUCCGCGUAACUCAGAUCCACCGGAGACUCAACUACAACAUUAUCAAGCAGUCAUGUUAACUUCAGCCUUACCUACCAGACUAUUAGCAGACUAUAGCCUUAAUUAGCAGACAAAAUUGACUAUAUCAUUACCUAGUUGCUACAUAAAUGCUACCUAAGAAGACUGGAUUAAUGCUUCUCAGAGUUGACGAGUUUCGAUAUUACUUUGGACUGGACUGCCAUGCUUACUGUUUAGCCCUGUUAAGCAAAAGUAAGCUCUGUCUAUCCUUUUCAUUCGCUCUUUCCUCAGUCUCAUUCAUCUCAUCCUAGAAAUCAGAAUACUAUCAACAUGUUAGGCUUUAACCAAAAUUUUGCAGGGUCUGAAUUGAAUAAUGGUUGAUGCAAAUCUUAAAAAAGGAACUGAGUUUUUGCCACAAAUUCAAAUUUUAUUUGGUUAUUUUAUCUAACAGAAUUCAUAGUUUGAAAUAUAAAAGAUCUACAACGUUAGGUUGCAAAGAUAUAGAGAAUAAAAGAUUAUAGUUUGUGGCUAAACACAAAUUUAUGAAUUCAAGCCUCUGAGUUAUGCCCAUUCCUUUAACUCAUCGGUACUUAACAUUGUUUUCAACCAUCCUAUUAAUGUUUUCAACCAUGUAUCUAUGUAAAAAUAUUAAUUGUACAAA